AUGUCGAUUAAUAUGAACGCUAAUUUUUUGAAACUUAUUACUCAUUUUAGACGACAUGAUUUGGUGAGUUGUUUUGUGAAUCAUUUUAAAAAAUAAAUUCAAGUCGAACUGUAGGCUCUUCGUUCUCUGAAAUCUUGAAAUUAUUUUUUGAGUUGGAAAAUUCUGAAGAAAAAAUAUUUCUGCUGCCACGUGGCAUUUUUCUUCCAAACUAAUUUGAAUAGAAAAUGCUUUUUAUCAAAAUUUAAAGUUUUCCCAAAAAUUCACUGUUUCAAAAUUUUUGGUAGCUAUGUCAGUUAAAAUUUGAGUUAUCCGAAAAUUGUUUCUUCUGCGAAAUUUCUUUUCAAAAAAAACUGAGGAAAACUUUCUAUAAUUCUUGCAGACAAACUUCAAAUCAGAUCACGAUGAAUUGUAUUCGGAAGCGAUAAAAACUGGAAAUCAUUUGAAUGUAACAUCUCAUUAUUAUAGUGUUAUGAGUACGGUAAUUGAUGAAUAUUUUGGCGGAAAUUUCCAUUUUGUUCCACCAAAAUAUGAAGGACAAACAUUGGAUGAAGCAUUGAAAUCAUUACAUCAGUAUGUUAUUUGAAAAAGUGACAAUUUAAAAAUUAAAAACAAUCAUGACACGAUUUUUUCCCACGUGGCAGUUUCAUUAAAUUAUUCUGAAUUUUCACAAAAAAUCUCUAUUCCUAGUCCUUUGGUCAAUAUUCUAAAUGGUUAAAAAUUUAAUAUUUGCAGACACAUCGGUGAAAAACUGGGUCUAUCAGAAGGUGUAAAAUGUUUAGAUAUUGGAUGUGGAAUUGGCGGAGUUAUGUUGGAUGUUGUUGAAAGUGGAGCUGAAUUAGUUGGUGUUACAAUUGCACCAAAUGAAGCUGAAAUUGGAAAUGAUAAAUUUGAGAGUCUUGGAAUUUCAGACAAAUGUAAAAUUGUGGCGGCUGAUUGUCAUAAAAUGCCUUUUGAAGACAAUUCUUUUGAUGUUGCUUAUGCUAUUUAUUCAUUGAAAUAUAUUCCAAAACUUGAAAAUGUUAUGAAAGAGGUAAGUAUGAUGUGUAGAAAAGUUAUGACGUGGCAAACAUUGAGACUCACAAAAUUCAUGGAGAAAAAUCGAAAUUCAGAUCGAAAACCGCUACAGUACACUAAAAAUCUUUAAUUUCUUUCGAGUUUCACGUGGAUCAAUUAUUUAACACUACAGUAACCCAAACUACUGAAAAUUUUGUAUUUUUGGGUUACUGUAACUCUUGCGUCUUUCUAAACUGCAAAGGCCACUGUAGAUUUAAUAACACGGUAUAAAAUUUAAAUUUUUACUCGGAAUCAAUAAAAGUUACCGUACCUAUUCAGUACAGUAAUCCAAACUGCGAAAAUUUUGAAACCAGAACUACGAGGAUUACUGUAGAUUUCUUUUUUUUUCUACAGUAACCCGAACUGCAAGAACGUACAGUAACCCACAGUAAUCCAAACUGCGAAAAUUUUUAAAGCCAAAACUGGGAGGAUUACUGUAGAUUUCUUUUUUCUGCUACAGUAACCCGAACUGCAAGAACUUACAGUAACCCACAGUAAUAAUGAGUAAUAAACCCAUUUUGCAGUUUGCAAUACUGUAUUUUUGUAAAUCGAAAUAUUGUGGAACUAUUUUCCAAAAAAAAAAAUCCACGUUUUUUACUACAGUAAUCUUAAAAUUUCCCAAUUUUCGACGUCAUUUAAUUUUUAAAAUUUACUAUUCGCCACGUCAUAGCCAAACAUCAAUCCAUCUAAUAAAAUAUUUUUCAGAUUUCGCGAGUUCUAAAACCCGGCGGUAAAUUCAUUGUAUACGAUUUGAUAAAAACCAAUAAAUAUGAUGAAAAUAACGAGGAUCAUAAACAGGUAAUAUUAUCAGCUUCAAAAUUUUGCAAAAAAAAUUUCUCUGUAGACUUUGCAUCACUUGGAAUACGCUUGUGGAAUGCCAUCAUUGCACACUCAAAAAGAAGUCGAAAAAAGUGCCGAAAGUUCGGGAAUGAUGAAAAUUGAACAGGAGAAUUUGGAAGAAACUUUUGGAAAUCGGCCAUUUCAUUAUUGUUUUUCGUCGAGUCCAUUGUUUAUGUGGUUGAUUACAAGUCCGAUGAUCGGUGAGCAUUUUUUAUGAAAUUGAGAGUUUUUUGAGUGACGGAUUUAUAGAAUUAUCGUAAAUCGGAAAAUAUAUUUUUUUAGUUCCUCAUCUCGCCCAAAAUAUAAUGGAAACUUAAUCACGUCAUAACUAUACUUUGACAAUCCUCAAAUUCAAUAUUCAUUGAAUUUUUCAGACGCUUCAAUUCGAUUCGGCGAAACUCUACGAAUUCUUCCAUCCGGCUUCGAACAAUUCAAUCGAACAUUUUUGAGUGGAACAGUUCAAAGUAUUGUCGAAGGCGGUCAAAAGGGAAUUCUCAGUGGAGCGGAUAUUCUCGUCUUUCAAAAACAAAACAAUUCUUCAUAA